AUGUCCUCUGCUGACACCGUGGACAAGGACAGCGUCUUCGCAAACUACAAGUCAAUCUUCUCCCGCCAGUUCGCUGUCUCCUUGGCCGUGGAAUUCAUAGGCGUGAUGUUCUUCCAGAUUCUUGGAGGCAGCUCUGUUCCGGAACUGGCCCCCUUCGUGAACGGCUUCGCACUGGCUGUGUGGAUCUACUCGGCUGCCAACAUCAGCGGCGGGCAUCUGAACCCUGCGGUAAGCUUCAGCACUGCGGUCUGCGGCUUCUACCCAGUGGUGCACACGGUUCUGUACAUCACGCUCCAGAUCGUGGGUGCCAUCACAGGCGCUUGGGUCUCCGCCAAGCUAGUCCCCGGCGCCAACGCGCUGAUCAGGAGCGGCGAGUCCGGCCCUGGGUGCUUUGACCACAACACCAUCCACCCGGAUUUGACUGAUGGGCAGGUCUUUGGGUGGGAGUGCGUGAUGACCUUCACGCUUAUCUCCUGUGUCUAUGCCUGUGGCGUGGCGAAGCCCGGCCAUGGCAGUCACACCCCGUUUGCAGUGGGCCUGGCGCUGCUCGCAUGCGCGGGAGCCGGAGGUCAGUACACGGGAGCCGCACUGAACCCGGCGCGUGUUCUGGGUCCGCUGGCGGUCUUCAAAUGCGGCAGAGACGUGGUGGGCCUUUACAUCGGUGGCCAGUUUGUAGCUGCCAUCCUGGCGAUGUCCGUCUUCGCUUUC